UAAUUGCGGUUUGUCUCCGAUCAACCGCUUACAACUUGAUGGUUUUGAAGACACGACUGAGAAAUGCAAUGCCGAUAAGGAUGCAGAGCCAAAUACAAAAAAAAGAGGUAUCAACAGUAAAAGGAAAAUACCCACAACAUUUUGUAAAGCUUUGGAAACGAUAUGACGAUGAAAAAGGAUCAGAGAAUGACCAUCCUGGACUUUUUGGAGAAAAUCAACUUUUCGUAGUUUUAGAACUACAUUUUGCAGGAAGUGACAUGUCAAAUGUUAUAUUUUUAAACUCGGAACAGUCAUUUUACGCAUUGCAACAGAUUAUUCUGACUUUGGCUGUUGGUGAGGAAGAUUAUCAGUUCGAACAUAGGGAUCUCCAUUGGGGAAACAUAUUGAUUAAAUCUACCACUAAAAAACACAUUUGUUUCAAAUUUAAUAACACUGACUUGAUUGUGGAUUCGAAAGGAGUGAACAUAACUAUUAUUGACUAUACUCUUUCAAGAAUAACCAUUGAUGAAUGCUGCUACUUUAAUGACCUCUCAAAUGAUGAGGAACUUUUUCAGGCAUCAGGAGAUUAUCAAUUUGAUAUUUACCGAAUGAUGCGUAAUGAAUUAAAGAACAACUGGUCAUUAUAUUCCCCAAAAACAAAUAUCCUAUGGUUGUCCUAUAUUAUUGCAAAGCUAAUGGAUAGCGUUAAAUAUAAAAGUAUCAAUUCAAAGGUUCACAGACUGCACAUUAACAAGCUAAAGGAACUGCAAAGCAUUAUACUGACAUUUGAAAGCGCCGCACAUUGCGCGAGACAUAUAUUUAAUUUGUGAGAAGCGAACAAAGAACAUUCUUUUCCGUAUGAAGUUUAAGCUUAUCUUGGAACACAACCUAUCAAAGUACUCAUGUAUGGAGACGUCUUGUUGAUGCUGACAGAUAGACGAGAAACGGAGCAAUAAAUUUAUUCACAUUUGAAGAAGUAGAGAAACAUUAGACUCCCUUUAAAUAAUCUUAACAAAUACUAAAAAGUAUAACACAUCAAAAAAAGUCUUGCAAAAAGUAUUGCUUUAUUGUGGAUUGAGCAGUCCACUUGGAAGGCCAAACAGAAAAUAAGAGCUGAAAAUCGAAAUGAGGGAAAAGUAAAGAUUAGCGAGUUUCUAAUCCCAAUUGCAACAUACACAAUAAGAGAGAAUGGGAAGACUCCUUUCAUGUCCAGUUCUACCAUUUAAAUAUCGAAGAAUUUAAAGGCGUGCUGAAUGACGUGCUACGAACGAUGAAAUCUCGGAAACUACAAGAGCUAGAAUGUUAGGAUUAAGAAUGUAGAUUCUAUAUGUUCUUGCUCAGCGCAAGUGUACUUCAGAUGGGUGCCCACAUUUGUGGCGCGCACAUUUUUAAAGGUACAAUUUAAAAUAUUUUUCAUUUUUAUAUUAUUUUGCUUGUCUAUACCUACCGGAACCCGAAUAUUGUUCUAACCGUACUAUUAUUUAAUAGGUAAACACAUUACGCCCGUAUCUAGAAAGAACUUCGUAUGUGACGAUACAAAUACAAUUUCUGAAACCAUGUGUUCUUAACCUUUUUUGCCUCUAGCAGCUGAAAUCACAAAGAGGCAUAUCUUAAACUUCCAAAUAUCAAGAAUGUUUAAAAAAAA